AUGAGUGAAGAUACAAACGAAGCUUUAAGAGAAAUUAAUACAGAUAAUGCUGAUAAUCAAGUAUGGUUAAUUAAAGUCCCAAAAUUUCUUUCAGAGCAUUGGAAUGGUAUAGGUAAAGGCGAAAUUGGUAAAAUUCACAUUAAAGGUGGUGAUAAUGUAAAUUUUUAUUUUUAUAUUAUAAAGAUUACAUUAUCAAUUUCAGGUUUGUCUGAAAAUAAUGAGUUUCAAUUAAUGACUAGUGCAAAUAAUUUAGAAACACAACCAUUAAAGAUCUUUUCAGAGGAUAGUGAUGGAUCAUUAGCAUUAGAAGGUAAUAUAGGUUUAAGAUGUGAUAUUAAAAUCGAUGUUCAAUCUUCAAGUUAUAGAGAAUUAAUGAAGACAAGACAUACUAAAUAUAAUACUAAAACUAGAAUGACCAAGGUUAUCGAUGAUAAAGAAUUAUUUACACCAGCAAUUUUCAAUCCAAAUCGUGUUCAAGUUAGUACUACAGGUUUAGGUAAAAGAAAAACUACAGAUAAAAAAGAAAAAUUACCAGAAGAUGAGGUUAUUGAUCUUAUUUUCGACGCAUUUAGAAACAAAUCAUAUUGGGAUCUUAAAGGUUUAGAGGCUGAAACCGGUCAACCAAAAGGUUACCUUAAACAAGUUUUAGAAAAAGUUUGCAUUUUAAAUAAAAGAGGUGCCCACAAUCAUUUAUACGAAUUAAAAUCCGAAUUUAAAGAUAAAGAAAAUCCACCACAAGACGGUACUACAACUACUACAAAUACUAAAUAA